UUCAACCCAAAAUGUCAAUGUCAUAAUAUGUCAGAUGAAUAAAACUUCGUCUGGUCAAUAUCCUUUCCCUUCAAAAAUGGCGAAUCGCGGCGGUUCAUCGAGACGUGUUCCUGAAAAUGAAGCCGCUAUUACAUAUGUUCAAUGUGAUGGUUUGGCGGUGAUGAAAAUAGUGAAGCACUGUCAUGAAGAAUCAUGCAGUAACAUGGAAGUUGCCCAAGGUGCCCUUCUGGGUCUUGUGGUUGAGAACCGUCUGGAAAUCACCAACUGCUUCCCAUUCCCCAAGCAUGAUGAUACUAUGGAUGAAGAGGAAUACCAGUUGGACAUGAUGAGACGCCUACGCAGGGUCAAUGUGGACCAUUUCCAUGUUGGAUGGUACCAAAGUGCAGAUGUUGGUAACUUCUUGAGUCAGUCGCUCCUGGAGUCCCAGUACCACUACCAGACUUCAAUUGAAGAAAGUGUUGUUGUUAUUUAUGACACUAAGAAGUCAGCAAGAGGAUUCUUAACAUUAAAGGCCUACCGCCUAACUCCUCAGGCCAUAGCUAUGUACAAGGAAGGUGAUUACACACCGGAGGCGCUCCGGAAUCUAAAGAUUGGAUAUGAGAGCUUGUUCAUUGAAGUGCCAAUCGUUAUCCGCAAUUCGCCGCUCACAAACAUCAUGAUGUCGGAGCUGUCGGAAAUGAUCCCCGAGGAAGAGGGCUCUAAAUUCUUGGACCUCGGUACUGCAUCUGUUCUUGAAGGUCAACUCCGCAGUCUUAUGGAACGCGUCGAUGAAUUAAACCAAGAGGCGAUCAAGUUCAACAGAUACCAGCAAUUAGUGGUGCGUCAGCAACAAGACAAGCACCGGUGGUUGUUGAAGAGGGCCCAAGAGAAUGCGGCCAGGGCUGCCAAGGACGAGCCCCCACUACCUGAAGAAGAUGUUAACAAACUCUUCAAGCCGCUGCCUGUCCCCCCAAGGCUGAACCCCAUGAUUGUAGCUGGCCAAAUUAACACCUACAGCCAACACAUCAGCCAAUUCUGCUCACAGAGCCUCGCUAAAGUGUACUUGACUCAAGCGCUGCAAAGCGCAAAGGAGUCGAAACAGAACAGCAAUUAAUUUGUGGUAUUAAAACUAUGGUCUAAUG